AUGUGGUGGGCGCUGCAAGCUGGCGCGGCUGUGGCGUCUUACGGCACACCCUUUGUGGGCCUCCCGUUGCUGUACUACCUCGGCGAGUACGGGUCGUUCAUGCGGGCCUCGCUGGUGGUCACACUCUUCCACUCGCUCUUCCUGGCGCUGGUAGUCAAGCCGUUUCCCUCGCUCCGGAGCCUGGCUUCGCUCGUCGAGACGCCUGCCAUGGUCGGCACGUCUUCGCUGCUCUACGCCAUCGUUCCCACUGCCGCCGUCUCGGCCUACUCGGGGCUGCUGCACGCUGUCGAGCCUGCGGUCCUGGUCAUCGAAGGCGUGCAGAUGGUGGCGCUUGCGCUGUACUUUUCGCGGAUGAUGCACUCGCACAUUGCAACGUCGCCGGUCCGCGCCAAGACCGCCAUCCUGGUUGUCUCCUUUGUGGCGUACGCGCUCGCCCUGGUUGUCUUUGCCCGCCUCCUGAGCCACGCCAACAUCUCGGUCACGCUCUCGGUCGCCAUCUCUGCAGUCCUUACGCUCUCGAUGGUCCUGCUCGGCGUGACCAUUGCUGUCGAGCGCGGUAUCAUCUCGGACGCCGCCCUCCUCGCCCUCUUUAUGGCGUACAUCUGCUGGAUGGCGGUCGAGGUUUCGGACGAUGUGCAGGCUGCGCGCGGGUCGACGGGCGUGGUGCAGACGCUGCGAUACAUGUUCCGCUACCUUGUCGAGCGCAACGUCUCGUUGACGGCAUCGUUUGCGCCGCUGCUCUCGGUCGAGCUGCUGCUGAGCGUAGGCAUGGCCACCAUGGCCAUCGUCACCCUCCCGCUCGACCUCGACCGCGCUGCCACCGUGCCUGACCAAGGCGCUUGCGGCCUCGCCGCUGGCUUCGGCCUCGCGCCUUCUUUUGUCCUCGUCUACACCCAGUACCUCUCGUGCUCGUACGGCUUUGUCGACGGGACCUACCGCGUCCGCUGGCGCUUCAUCCAGGCUGCUGUUGGCCUGGCGUACUACACCUACCGCAUGCUCCGGUUUGAGGCAGAAUGA